CCCAUCGUGUGCCACACUCCGUGUUAUUAUUAUCAUUAUAUUAUACAUAUAUAGACGCGUAUUGAUACACGCUGUACAGACCGUAGAUAAUACGCGUUAACGUAUCGCACCUCUCGAGCUCUCUCGGCAACGCACGCUCGACUCUCCGUUUCCUCGUUGUAUACCACUGCUGCUACUACUGGCUAUUGUCAACCCCGUGUGUAGCGAGGAUAUAUAAGAAAAAUCUCUCGCCCUCGAUCUCUUUUUUUUUCUUCUUCUUUUUCUUCGUCGUGGUAAUCCAAUAUCCGUAAAAAAGAUUUAAGUUUGUAAUACGCGUACGCGUUUUUUUUUGUGCCGUGUGAUCAUCAGCAACGAGCAAAUCGAGAGAUUAAUAAUUCACGCGCGUGUGAUUGUGUCAAGUGCGAGUGUCUUGUGUCUUUUUAACGCGCGCACUUUUGCCGAGGACACCUGUGUACAAUCGCGAGCUUUUUUACGACGAUAACCAAAAAAAAGCUCCCCUUGCGCAUGCAAAUAAUGCGUUAGCCGCGCGAGUGUAAAUAUACAUAGAUCACGCAGGGAUAAGAUAUACAGCCACAACCGUUUUGAAGAGUGCAAAUAGUUUUGCGCGCUCCAUGACUGUUUUAUGUAUCACGGAAACUGCAGAUGCUGCCUCGUUCUCGAAUUCAGUCGUACGGUUAGACGAAGGAUAUAUCAUUGGCUCAGCUGGUGCUUACAGCUGUUGCUGAUCGUCGCCCACCAGGAGGAUCAAGCAGCAGCAGCAGCAGCAGAAACAGCAUCGAAGCCGCCUCAUAAUGACGAGUGCCCGAACAGCGGCGAGGACAGCGAGGAGGAUGUAAUAAAGGACUAUCUGGGAGGCUCCGGGCAAAUACCGGAGUGCUCGCCGCCGUCCUCGCGCGUCAACGGUAUCGUCGACGAGUCUACCACUACUAGCAAUAAUAAGCCACAGCAGCAGCAGCAAACGAGCCAAAAGUACAACUCGCACGACGAGGGCUGCCUGACAACGGGUGGAGCUUCAUCCAAAGAUCAAAACAACGCCCAGCAACAGCAAGUUAAAAGUAUGUCCGGCACGAGCACACCGACGACGCCUGGGACGGCCGGAGCGGCGGGGAUGGCGACGUCGAGCAGUAUGACGACGACGCCGACUAAUCCACUCGUGCCCAUUAUCAGUGUAACUCCGCACUCGCCCGGACUGGCCAAGCAUUAUCCUGUCCUCGAGGAGCCACUUCGCCAUCUGCACGAGAUUCACGACCGCAUUCAUCAGAUGCGCGACCUGACGCUGCGCACCGGCGCCCAGGCGAUAGGCGGCGAUCAUCUGGCGCGCUUCAGCACCAGCUGUCCGCAGCUCUGCCCUCUGAUCUCCAUCGAGGGUGUGAUCCAGACCAGCGGCAUCGGUAGCGGCGGCGGCAAUGGCAAUCAGCAGCACUACUAUCAUCAUCACCAGCACAAUCACCAUCGAGACUGUCAGGGUGCUUGCGGCGGUGGCCAGGUGGUCGUCGAUGGCCAGGACGGCUCCGAUCCCGAUCUCCUGACCAACUGCUCGACCAACAGCUCGCCCACGCACUACCAUCAUCAUCAUCACGGCAGCGUCGGUGGCGGUGGCGUCAGCCACGUGUGCAGCCAGAUACUGCAGGGCAUCGAUCGGCGAAGAAGCUGGACGGACCUCGAGGACUCGAGGCAGCACGGCCGCCGUGGCUCCGACAACAAUCAUCUGACGGCUCAGAACAUCCGCCAGCGAAGCAUAAGUCUGAGCAGCUUAGACAGCGACAUGGACAUGGAGCUCGAUGGCAAGCGGCCCAGAGAAACGAGCAGCAAGCCUCGUACUUCCGUAUCGCAAUCUAGCACGCAUUCCCUCAAUGAAGCUGACUUUGUUCAGGUCGAGUUCAAGGUGACGGGACAGGCGAAGCGGAGCGGGCAGCGCUUGGGCGACAACGCGAGCCUGAUGCCGGGCAUGAUGUCGGUGCUGGGCUCGCGUCUGCCGCUGCAGAAGUCCGUCUCGACGCCGUCCAUCGUGAUACCACCGGCGGGCCAGCAGCAAGAAACUGGGACGCGCGGCGCUCCCUCCCACCUGGCAAGCAAAAGUGGCGCCCGACAUGAGCGAAAUCGUCACAGCGAGGCCAACAAGCAGCAGGGCGCAGGAAGCGGCAGCGACACCGAAACGGACGAGCCCCAUCAUCUGCUGGCGCACGAACGUCACGAGUAUAACGAGGAUUUGAUGCGAGAGGGUGUACAAAACACCCAGGCAUCGCUCGACGAAUUACUCACCGAUACAGCGUACGACGAUCGACAAUCGGAAAAGACAAAGCGCAAGCGUGGCUCGCUGUUCUCCAGAAAAAAGAAGGACAAGAGCGGCAAGAAAACGGCGCAACCGCAUCAGUGGGGUACCAUAAACGUCUCGUCGCAGGGCAACAAUUCCUGCGACUUUUGCAUGAAGCCGUUCGCCAGUAAACCCUCUUUUCACUGCGAAAACUGCGGUGCUAUAAUUCACCAGAACUGCAAGGACCAUUACCAGGCCGAGUGCACCAAGACAAAAUCAUCGAGCAAAUCGUCGUUCAAGUCGCUCUCCAGCGUGUCUAUAUCGUCGACGAGCAGCAUAGUGAAGCGCGCCUCCACGGCGUCCUUACCGCUGGCAGCUUCAAGCAGCACAGGAAGGGAUAUUAACAGCAAGAAAGCGGUGACAAGCUACAGCCCUUGGCGGCGUGUUGCCACCAAGCUUGGAGUCAAUCAAACGAUCAGCGAGGAGCGAGAUGGAGAUGGAGGUUCGCAUCGAGAUGUACCCAGCUCGGAGAGGUACACGCGUUCCGUGGAGCAGCACGGUGGCAGCGGCGUCGAGGAGUUCGACUUCGACGACACGCAGCAGUUCAGCCUGGAGGAGUUCGACCAGCAGCGGCCCGAGCUGGCGCUGGGCCGCGAGGAGCCGGACUCGUGGUCGGCGGCGGUCGGCCGCAAGGCCGCGCUCAAGCUCUGCGACAACAACGAGCGCGAGAUCAAGCGCCAGGAGCACAUCUACGAGUUCAUCCUGACGGAGAAGCAUCACUGCCUCGUGCUGCUCGCCAUGCAGCGCAUCUUCGUCGACGGCCUCCAGCGCCACUUCAACUUCUCGGUCUCGGUGCUCGAUCGCAUGUUCCCCAAGCUCCAGGCCCUCAUGGACAUACAUUUCGACUUUCUGGCCAAGCUGCGACAGCGCCAGUCCGAGAGCCCGGUGGUGCCCAGUAUCGCCGACAUUCUCUGCGAUCAGUUCAGCGGCGACAACUCGUACGGCAUGAAGUCGGCCUACGGCGAGUUCUGCUCGCGGCAUCGGGACGCCGUCGACGUCUACAAGCAGCACCAGCAGAUGGACGCGAGAUUCGCCCGCUUCGUGCGCCACUGCCAGAACAAUCCGUUGCUCAAGAAGAAGGGCAUACCCGAGUGCAUACUGUUCGUGACGCAGCGACUGACCAAGUAUCCGCUGCUGAUCGAUCCGCUUAUCAAGACGUCGACGGCCCAGGACGAGACGGACGAUCUGCGCCGAGCGUUGGCUCUGGUCAAGGACAUACUCAACGAGGUCGACACCUGUGUGGCAGACAAGGAGCGCACCGAUAGGAAGCUGGACAUUUAUCACAAAAUCGAUCCGAAAUCCUGCGUGACUUAUCGCGGCAACAAGUUCAAAAAGUCCGACAUCCUCGACUCGAAUCGCAAUCUCAAGUUCGAGGGCACGGCUUGGCUCAUGCAGGGACGCAACAAGAUGGUACCCGUCGUCGUCGUGUGCCUCACCGACAUCCUGUUCUUUCUCACGGGCGAGCAAAAGUACGUCUUCUUUGUGCCGGACAACAAAGCCGGAGUCGUCUCGCUACAGAAACUUCUCGUCCGCGAGAAAGCCGGCCAAGAGUCGCGGGGUAUCUAUUUAAUAAGUAGCAACCCCACCGAGCCCGAGAUGUUCGAGCUUAAGGUCAAAGAGCCCAGGGACAAGCAUAUUUGGAUCAAAGCCAUUCGUGCCGCCGUCGAGGCUUGCCCGCAAGAGCCCGAAAACGAGAGCUCGAAUUUCAUCGAGAACAAUCUGAUUAACGAUCUGAGGGACACGCGGCCGCUCUCCAUGGCGAAACUUACCCCCGAGGAGAAACUUCGACUUGCCAAAGAAACUCGCCUGCAGAGCAUACUUGAGGAGCUGAAGAAGAAGGACGAGGAGCAGACCAUGCUGUUCGAACAGAAGAUGGCCCUGCACUUGCGACUUCAUAACGCCAUCAGCGUCUCGAACAGCAACGAUAAUGACGUAGACAAGAACAAGGAUUUCAAAGAGGUUCCGGACUACUUGAGAUUCGCUCGAGGCGAGAAUAUUAAUCCGAUGCAAAUGUACAAGGAGGCGCUGGAUGCCAUGCAGCAAGCUAUGCGCUUAACCAGUUCUCUGUCGUGUGGCGCCGGCGGGGGCAGUCUGUCGCGCAGCUUGAGCUCAGCCGGAGAACGACACAGUCAAGCUUACGUACAUCCAUCGGUGACGGUACCCCGACGGGCCGAGACGUUCGCUGGUUUCGAUCACAACAAGCAGGAACGACACGCGCGCGAUGCAGCGGCAUUGAUCAAUGCUGCCGGCGGCCUCGCGCCGUCGAGAAGCGUCAGCGAGAGCGGCCAGGCCGAGACGUUGCUCGAGUGCAAAGUGCUGGAGGACGACCCGGACGGCAACAAGGACCAGCGCGAGGUGGCCGUGAGGCUGUCGCACUACGUGCAGACGCUGCUCGGCGUCAUCAGCUACCAGAUGACCAGCAUCGAGAGCCUGCAGGCCCAGCUGGCGGGCUUCAAGGAGGGCAGUAUCGGCAAAUCGUCGCAGGUGCGCGCCAAUCCCAAUCGCCAGCUCGAGGAGCUGCGCAAUCUGCAGGACCAGCUCUGCCGUGAGAAGGCAGAGUUUCGCGCGUCCUCGCAGCAGGAGCGCGCCCAGCUGGACGAGGAGCGGGCCGAGUUACAGAAGCUCAGGAAUCAGUUGACGGUGGAGCAGCGCGACGUGGAGAAGCAGCGAGACCAGCUGUAUCGCUGGCUCGAGGCCCAGUCGCGCCAGGGCGUGGUGCCGCUGAACGCGGCCCAGCUGCGCGAGGUCACCGGCACCCAGAACACGCGGAAAAAGAACGAGGGCACCGAGAAGAGCAUGAACAUACCGCAGCACUUGUUCAGCGCGACCAAUCAGCAGAAGGUCCAGCAGUUGCCGGUCAAGCAGCAGCUGCCCUUAAAACUCGCGAGCGGAAGCAAUAAUAAUUCGAGAACUAGCCUGAUGAGCAAUAACAGUCCGGAUCGUCACUCCCGAGCCGGCAGUAGUCCCGCGAUCGUCAGUACCAGUUCCUCGGGUGUUCUAUCGCCGGAGCUCGGCGUGAACAACGGCAGCUCCAGUUCAUUGAGUCACUUUUCAAUGUCGAAUCGCUCGUUACGGGGCACUCGUAUACCCGAGCCGUAUUCUCGAAAUAAGCAUCACUCGCCUCAACAGCAGCAGCAACAACAGCAACAACAGCAGCCACAACAGGCGCAGCCGCAACAGCCUCAACAGCAGAGUUCGCAACAGCAACACUCGAAUCAGCAGCAGCAACCAAUGGAAGAAGAAGUUUUAUUUUUGUGACGUAUCUUGCGCUUUGGCAGAAAACAUUUGAGAUCGAGCAGCGGCAAGGGUACGGCGACUCCGACUGGAAAGGACGACGACGAUAGUUCUCAACAGCAGCAACAACCUCGCAGUAGGGUCAAAUCAUUUUGAUUUCCGACUUUUCGCAGAAAAUCGAGGUAGACGCGUAAUUUAUUGGUACAUACGCAAUUUGUACGUGUGCGCGCCGAGGAUGCUGUUACCGAAAACACCAUUCAUUUUAUUUAUAUUUUUGUUGCUUUUUAUUUUUAAUUGUUCGAUGGAAGGCAAUCGAUCUUUUUAAUAAUGGUUCGAUAAAUUUUGUACAUUUGUAAAUAUAAAAGGAAUGCAUAUGAAUAAUACUUUCAUGGUAAUCAUUAUUUUUAAUUUUUUUGCUCUUUAUCGUAAAUGUGGUUGGAAAUACGACAAUAAAAAUCGAGAUAUGAUACAGAUUAGUAUAAGGUCAUAAGUUACUAAUUAGGCUUCGAUGUUUCAUUGUCAAAUUUUACCAAUAUUGUCAUUGCCCUAUUUGAGAAAUCCUAAUAUUGAGAAAAAAUUCGAUAAUUCUCUACAAUCAUUAACAGAUUCGUUAUGAAGCGCGUGCGAAGUUCGAUUUUUCAAAGACUUACAAUUUUGUAAACAAUAUAAAACUAACGCAGUAUUGAAAAAAAAUGUACACGUUGUUUUUUUGUCACUUGCGUCGCUGCUGAUUCAAAAGUUGAUUUAGCUGUGAUUUCAGCAUCCUCCCCACACCUACGAGAUUCUUUUACGCUGUUAAUACUCUUUCUUAUAAAUUCAUAAAUAUACAAAUUUAGCCAAACGUUUUUGGGAAAGUUACUACGCUAAAGUAGUUAGGUUUCUUAAACGAGCAAAAGGCAAAUAAAUAAAAAAAUGUAAUAUAUUCAUAAGUGAAUAUAAAAUAAAUAUCAAAAAUACUGCUAUAUAAAAAAAAUAUAAAUACUUUAUAGGUUUACUCGUAUAUUUAACUUAAGCAAUAGGGGAUCUUAUUAAUUAAAAGAGUUUGAAUGAAUUCAGAGUAUUAAAAGCCAACUCGAAAAAAUUCAGUGGCUUUUCUUGUUAAAACUUUGCCUGUUACAAUUGAUGACGAUUAAAAGUCGACUGACACUUGGGUAUAUAAUGAUGUAACGCGUAAUAGACGAAUCUUAAAACAAAUAUAAUAAUCUUACACGUAUGUACAAUCUGUGGAGAAAAAUAACGUUGCUGUUCGUUGGUGAUAAGUGUAAAAUUGUUUGAAAUAAAUAAAAAUGCAAUAUUAAGAUAUUUAAUGUUUAUUAUGUAUACUUCUCUUGUGUACAAG